GUGCAACCCAUUUUCAUCUCGUCAUGGAUCUCAAAACACAUGCACCUCACUUCGUUGGGUCGUUCGUUAGUGGUUAAUCGCACUUCUGGCUCGUUGCAUCCGAAAUGAUGUCACGAAAGGGUCUCCGUCCAUGCCUCGAGUAGUUUGUUGCAUACGCUCAGUAACCAAUGUUGACGCACAAGGGGACUAUCCGCAGAGUGCCACUGGUUUGAGGUGGUGGCAUGCCUCGCAUCGGGCGAACCGUCUAUCUGUGAGUGAGUGGGUGCGUACCUUUGCGUACGAGAUUUGCAGGUGAGCGAGGACGUGCGUGCGUGAGUGCGUGCCCUCCAUGUGGAGGCGAACAAUGCUGCCAAAAAUUGUCGUUAGUUAGGUUUUGAACCCAAUCCGACUCAACCCACCUGAAUGCAUCACAUUGAUCUCAUCGACCCCAGGACAAGAUAGAAACACACAUCUCCGUCUUUAAAAACAACAACAAAAAUCAUCAUGUUUGCCAAGAGUAAUGAGUUUGCCCUUUGCCUGGCCGCAGUUGGCUUGAUUUUUCAUGCCGUUUGUGCACUUCCCGUGAACGAACCUAACGCCUAUGAAAAAGGUAGCUCCACGACAACGCCCAAUCCUCCUCCUAGCCCGUUUCAAUACGCAUUUGCGGCUGGCCGGGCACCCGGUGGCAAACCCGACCGUUACGUGGAACAAGAGGGAGACGAGAAUGGCGUGGUCCGGGGAAGUUACGCUUACUUGGAUCCCAAUUGGAAGUGGCAAAAGGUGUCCUAUUUGGCCGACCCAGACACCGGAUUUCAUGUCCUGGAAAGCACGGCGGGAGAUGCAUCCUCCUUGCCCGAAGAUACGCCCGUCGUGGCCGAGGCCAAGGCCAAGCACAAGGCCUUGUAUGAUCAGAUUGCGCAACGAGACCAAGUCCAACCGGAAUCCCCUAAGGAGUCCAAGGCUGUCGAAGACAAGAGAAUCGAACACUACAGUGCCUUUGAGCGAAUCCGAGCAGAGCACGCGGCCAUAGCUGAGGAACACGCGCGUUUGGCAGCUGAGGCAGAGAAGUACGAGCUUAUAGAGGAGGCCCGCAAGAAACUGUUUUCCAGGGAUUAACAGGUUCUAACGAGGAUCGUUGACGACGCUUGAUGAGACCGUCUUUUGUGAUAUGCAAGUGGAGCAGAAAGGGUGUGGACCAUUUGAUUGGUUUUCUCUCUUUUGGUUUAACGUCUAUUUAUAUAGCAAUAAAGCAAUAUAUGUCCAGUA